CAGACAAAAUCUACAAAGAAAAGCACCGUCUACACUCAAAAUGUGCUGUCUACACUCAUUAAAUCGUUGAUCAUCAAGUUUGUUUUAAUGGAUGUAUGUUAUUCGAUGCCAAGAUGUUUAUCCUUUAGACUGCCUUUAUUGUAAGUUACCUCGUUUUAUGAAUCUGGAUUGUGUGUUGAAUGUCACUGGUGCUGAUCGCGAAGUUGACCUUGGAGUAUCAAAGCUCUACUCUUGUCCCCGUACAAACCAUAACUGUUGUUUCCAUUAGUGCUGCUUUGGCAAAUAAGCUGCAAAAUGAGGAUAUCCGUGAUUUGUUUGACUACAAGACUGAUUUCGAUCAAAAUGCACUAGACAAUCAAGGUAUUUACAAGGAUGUUUUUUCUGGUAGUGUGUAUCAACAGCACAGAUGCAACAACAUCAUCCAGUACAGCUCCAUCGUAAUCAACUUGUAUUUUGAUGAUUUUGUCAGCAAAAGUCAACAGAAGCCAUUGCAAAUGAUCAUUGCUACCAUUCCGAAUAUUGAUCCUAUGCACCGCUAUAUGUUAGAAACACAAUCACUUUGGGAUUGACACCAGGCCCAAAGAAGUUGAAAGAUGUUUGGUCUUUUUUGAAGGUUUAUAUCGACGAAUUAAACGAACUAUCACGUAAUGGUAUGAUUGUAAAGAAAGAUGGUAACGAAAUAUACAGUUGUCGCGUAUAUAUUCAUGAUUUGGGUGGUGAUUUGGGUGGUGAUUUGGUGAAGCUUGGUGAGCUCACAGGAAUUAUUCGUACUGCUGAAUUUGGGUGCAAGUUGUGCAAUGUACGUGGUGUUCACCUUCAAGGUAGCUCAUCUGGUGAACACUUCUUGUAUAAAGGUUAACUGAGAUCAAUGCAUGAGAUGGUCAAUGGCAACCCUGAUAUCAACAUGCCUGCUAUUCAUCCUCUAAUCAC